AUGCCGUCCACAUACAAGAACAACGACGCGAAGACGUGGGACACCGAGGACAUCGACAAAUGGGACACGGAGAAAUACGAUGCGCCUCUCAAGCAGGAGGAGAAUCUUGGUGGGACUUUCACCGAGGAAAGCAGCUUCGCCACGCUCUUCCCCAAAUACCGAGAAGCAUACCUGAAAGCAUCAUGGCCGAUGAUCACACGAGCACUGCAGAAGCACGGGAUAGCAUGUACACUCGACUUGGUGCAGGGCAGCAUGACUGUCAAGACGACGAGAAAGACAUUCGACCCCGCAGCCAUCUUGAAUGCGCGAGAUCUGAUCAAGCUCUUGUCGCGAAGUGUACCCGCACCACAGGCCAUCAAGAUUCUCGAGGACGGUACAGCAUGCGAUGUUAUCAAAAUCAGAGGUUUGGUCCGGAAUAAGGACAGAUUUGUGAAGAGACGGCAACGCAUACUGGGACCGAACGGCAGCACAUUGAAAGCCCUAGAACUCCUCACACAAACCUACAUCCUCGUGCAAGGAAACACAGUCUCCGUCAUGGGCGGCUACAAAUCCCUCAAAGAAGUCCGCCGCGUCGUCGAAGACUGCAUGGCCAACAUCCACCCCAUCUACCACAUCAAAGAACUCAUGAUCAAACGCGAGCUCGCCAAAGAUCCCGAACUCAAGCAUGAGAACUGGGAACGCUUCCUGCCCCACUUCAAAAAGCGAAACCUCAGCAAGAGGCGAGUCCCCCACGUCGUCAACGACAAGACCAAGAAGGUCUACACGCCCUUCCCACCGCCGCAAGAGAAGAGCAAGGUGGAUCUGCAGAUUGAGAGUGGAGAGUACUUUCUGAAUAAUGUGGCGAAAGAGCGGGCGAAGAAGGAGAAGAGGGAGGAUGCUAUGAGGGAGAAGAUGGAGCAGCGGAAGAAGAAAAGGGAGGGGGCGUUUGAGGCGCCGAGGGAGGAUGCGGAUGCGAAGAAGAAAAAGAAGAAGCGGAAGAGUGAGGGUGAGGAGGGGGAGAAGAAGAAGUCCAAGAAGAGGAAGGCCGAGGAUGUGGAGACGGAGGACUAA